AUGCGAGAAAAGAAAGAUUUUGUUUUCCCAAGUUCGAAUGUGACGAUUUUGGAGAAAAAAACAAAGCCUAAAGAGGAGAUUUUUACUCAAGAAGAACAAGAAGUUAAUUUGAAAAGAUGCGAACGGCUCAAUUUCUACGAUCGAAAAGUUUGCGAGAAACUCUGCGUGAAAAUCAACGAAGAAGACGAUGUUGUAUGCAAGCAUAUCUGCGAAACACAAUUGAGCGACCAUGGACAAACUCAAAAUAUUUGCCCAUUUCAAGAGCAGUGUCCCUCUGGUUGCCCCUGCCCACUUUAUGAGUGCGAGCAUAUAGACACAGAGAAAGUCCCUCUGGCCUGGUUUUACGAGGAAGGAAAUAACUUAUUCAGAACUUAUCAUGGAAUGUCUGUUAAUGAAUUUGUUAUGCUGGCUUUGCAAAAUGGCAAACCAGGGACUUUUGUUCUAAAUGAUGCGGUUCCCAAUCCCAAACUUAAUGAAGUUUUCUCAAGACUUGUAUUAAUCAAUUCUACGAAUUUGGAGAUCGAUACAAUUUACGACAGAAUAGUCUUUGUCAACGAACAAUUUUCCGUUCUUGGUCAAGAAAUGCAGCCAAAAGCUCUCAUUUCUUACCGAUCAGAUUUUAUUGAGUAUUAUGAAAGAAGACCAAUGGCACCACUAUAUUUUAAAGGCAACCAUUAUCUCGUUUCGCCCGAUUUCACGACAUAUCUUAUUGACAAGAAGGAAAUAACUGACAUUGGAGUUGACUCAGAACUACUUCUUAACCGCUUUGGACGAACAAAUGUGCUUAUUUUCGAUGGUUAUUUCAGUGUUGCUUCAGUUUAUGAGGAUAAGUUCUUUUUCUGCUCAACAGCUAAAUACAUAAAUUUUUGCUUCUUUUUCUACCCGGAAAAUAAAGCAAAUAAGAAACCGAUUUAUAAAGCUCGCGGAUCCCUUGUUAACGAUUUUGGGGGGUAUAAUCGUCGACAUAUAUUCGAAAUUGACGGAGAGCUAAAAUUAAUUUCCGUGAAUACCCUCGCUGCACAUAAUGUUCAAAUUCAGACAUUGAAAAAUGAAAAUGGGGACUGGAGCAAAAUGCUUUACGAAGAUCAACGUUGGGAAAGAGACUUUCAUAAUGACACAUUUAGUAAGUCAUAUUCAACAUACGAUGUGGCUAAAAAUGCAUUGGGCCAUAUUCCUUAUGAUACCAUCAUUCAAGAUUUUCUUCCUAUUCCAGAUAAAAAGGGAAUCUUAUUUGUUGCUACGUUUCGCCAUCGUGAGUUUGAGGAGCGGCCUUUUAUCAACCCUUUUUUGCAGCUCGACGAUAGUCAGUUCUGGACGAAAACUGAUUAUUUCAUUAUUUUGUACAGAUACUUUGCAGGACAAUUUGUCCGAAUCGGAGAAGUUAAAACAAAGUUCACAUAUGGCUCAAGCCAAUUUCUUCCAUUUUAUAAGGACAUCACUUCUUUUGUUCAGAGUUUUCAAAGAUUUUUUUACAUCCUUCAUAAAGAUAUUAGACCUUUCAAACUCAUAUAA